AUGGGGGCGCUCCUGCGGCCGGCGGCCUGGGUAAGCACCCCGCACCCCGGCGCCGCAGCCCUGGCCUCCUCCUCCCCUCGCCGCUGCCCGCCCCCGCUCCCUCCCAAGCGCCGCCCCCUGCCCCUCCGCCGAGCUCCCCCGGGUCCCCGCGUCGCCUGGUGCUUUGCAGCCCUCCCUGAGCGCCUGCUGGUUUCCAUUGACUUUAUUUUUCUCUUGCCAAACCACCGUCACAUGUGCCUGCGUGCCUUGCAGAAGCUGAACCAGAGGCGGGACAGCUCCUCCUGGCUGGCCAGAUGGUUCCCCAAAACCCCAGCCAAGUCUGUGGUGGCCCAGAAAACGCCCAUCAAGGUGGAGCUGGUGGCUGGGAAAACCUACAGGUGGUGUGUGUGUGGCCGCAGCAAGAAGCAGCCCUUCUGUGACGGCUCCCACUUCUUCCAACACACUGGCCUGUCCCCACUCAAGUUCAAGGCCCAGGAGACCCGCACAGUGGCUCUCUGUACCUGCAAGGCCACCCAGAAACCCCCGUACUGCGAUGGCACCCACAGGAGUGAGCGGGUGCAGAAGGCAGAAGUGGGCUCCCCGCUCUGAGGGGGUGGCUGCUGCCUAGCCCCACGCCAUUGCG